AUGCAGAAGCCAGGCCCAUCCGCCUCUGACUUGGAGGUGCCUACUCUGGCUCCCAGCAGGGCUAGCGUCACAGACGACGGCAAGGGCUCGACCGCCGCUGAACAGACCGACGUCGAGAUGGUCUCCUCCAACCCGGCCGAGACUGCAUCCCGGACGGACCAUGCCGACGAGAAGCACGACGCCCUCGCCCGGCAGGCCACCGCCAUAUCCAAUACGGGCAAGCCGCUGGGGCAAACGCCAACGCGCGAGGACGGCACCGAGUACCCCACGGGCAUGAAGCUCAGUCUUAUUGUGCUGGCCUUGUGUCUGAGUGUCUUCGUCAUGGCGCUGGACAACUCCAUCAUCGCCACAGCUAUACCGAAGAUAACAGACGAUUUCAAGUCUCUGGCUGACGUAGGCUGGUACGCCUCCUCGUACCUCCUCACCACGGCCGCCCUCCAGCUCCUCUUCGGUCGCUUCUACACGUUCUUCUCCAUCAAAUACGUCUUCCUCAUUGCCAUCUUCCUCUUCGAGGUCGGCUCGCUCAUCUGUGGCGUCGCCCAGAACAGCGUCACCCUCAUCGUGGGCCGCGCCGUCGCCGGCGUCGGCGCGGCCGGCAUCUUCUCGGGCGCCCUGACCAUUCUGGCCUACUCGGUCCCGCUCGCCAAGCGCCCCAUCUACACGGGCGCCAUCGGCAGCAUGUACGGCCUCGCGAGCAUCUCGGGCCCGCUCAUGGGGGGGGCGUUCACGGACCGUGUCACCUGGCGCUGGUGUUUCUUUAUCAACUUGCCUGUUGGCGCAGUGACCAUGGUCGUCAUUGCCGUGUUCUUUCCUGAUCCCAAGAGGCAGACGGAGGUGCAGGGUGCAGGGGAGGCGCUGUGGGCAAGGGUCAAGCGGUUUGAUCCGUUUGGUACCGUUGUCUUCAUGCCGGGUAUUAUCAGCCUGUUGCUAGCGCUGCAGUGGGGCGGGACGACCUACGCGUGGAACAGCUGGCGGGUGAUUUUGCUGUUUUGCUUCUUUGGGGUGCUGAUCCUGGCGUUUGUCUACUUCCAGAUUCGACAGGGGGAUCUGGCCACAGUGCCGCCACGGAUUGUUAUGAAGCGGAGCGUGUGGUCGGCCGGGUUCUUCGUCAUGUGCCUUGGCGGCGCGUUCCUUGGGGAGGUGUAUUACCUACCCAUCUGGUUCCAGGCGGUCAAGGACGCGAGUGCCGUGGGGUCUGGCAUCAUGAACUUGCCAAUGCUGGUUUCGAUGGUGCUGUGCUCGGUCGUGGCGGGCGCGGUGGUUACCAUGUGGGGGUACUACACGCCCUUCAUGAUUGCCGGCGGCGCCGUAUCGGCCAUCGGCUACGGCCUGACCCUCCUGUUCGAGCCCGACACCAACACGGGCACCUGGAUCGGGUACCAGAUCAUCAUCGGCGCGGGCGUCGGCAUCGGGUUCCAACAGCCGCUCAUGGCGGUGCAGACGGUGCUCGACAUAAAGGACGUGCCCACGGGAAUGAGCCUCAUCAUCUUCCUGCAGACGCUCGGCGGCGCCCUCUUUGUGGCCGUCUCGCAGAACGUCUUCACCAACAAGCUGGUCGAGUUGGUCGGCCAGUACGUGCCGCAGAUCCCCGAGCCGGCUUUCAUCCUGGCCAUCGGCGCCACCAGCGUCAAGGAUCUGGAUCUCGAGCCGGCCGUAGUGACGGUCAUCAAGCUCGCGUAUAACGAUGCGCUGGUGCAGACCUUUAUCGUCUUCACGGCGCUGUCGGCCAUCAGCAUCUUGGGAGCGUCGGUGGUGGAGUGGAAGAGCGUUAAGGGAAAGCCUGUUGAGGUUGGAAUGGCUUAG